AUGUCUCUUCUUGCACUCAUCUUUGUCUUCCUCUUUAGACAUUCACUCGCAACCUCAAAAGAUGCGCAAGAAAACUUCAUCCGAUGCCUACUCAAUUCAAAUGAACUUAAUACUCCGAUUGCCGUAGCAAUAUACACUCCGGCCAACUCUUCCUUCCCCACCGUGUUGCAAGCCUACAUCCGUGACCUCCGCUUCAACGAACCCACCAUUGCGAAACCGGAGCUAAUCGUUACUGCAUUAGAUAUUUCGCACAUUCAGGCCUCCGUCAUUUGCGCUAAACAACACAACUUGUUGAUGAAAAUCAGAAGCGGCGGUCAUGACUAUGAGGGUCUAUCGUUCGUCGCCCAAACCCCAUUCUUUAUCCUGGACUUGUUCAACUUUCGAUCAAUCGAAGUCUCCAUUGAGGAAGAGACGGCAUGGGUUCAAGCCGGUGCCACCCUCGGAGAACUUUACUAUAGGAUAUCCGAGAAAAGCAACACUCAUGGCUUCCCAGCCGGAGUUUGCCCUACGGUUGGCGUUGGUGGUCAUUUCAGCGGUGGAGGAUACGGUAACAUGAUGAGAAAAUACGGUCUUUCUGUUGAUAACAUCAUCGAUGCUCAACUCAUUGAUGUCGAUGGAAAACUUCUGGAUCGAGAAUCAAUGGGUGAAGAUUUGUUUUGGGCCAUCACUGGUGGCGGUGCAGCAAGUUUCGGAGUCGUUAUUUCAUACAAAAUAAACCUAGUCCUCGUUCCAGCCAACGUAACUGUCUUCCAAGUAAUACGAACAUCGGAACAAAACGUCAUCGACGUUGCCCACCGGUGGCUACAAGUCGCCGACAAGUUAGACAACAAUCUAUUCAUCCGAAUGAUCUUGGACGUGGUCAACGACCCAAAUGGUGCUAAAACAAUACGUGCUUCAUUUCCCAGCUUGUUCCUCGGUGACACCACAACCCUAGUAAGUCUCAUGGACCAAAGCUUCCCAGAGYUAGGGUUACAGAUUUCAGACUGUACACAAAUGAACUGGACCCAAUCAGUUCUUUGGUACUACAGCUUCCCCCCUGGUUCACUAGACGAAACCCUACUCAGCCGAAUUCCACGAGUUCUUACUCACGAGAAAAGAAAAUCCGAUUAUGUAAAAUAUCCCAUCUCAAAACUAGGAUUAGCGCUCAUCUUUGAUAAGAUGAUUGAGUUAGAACGUCCAAGUUUAACUUUCAACCCUUACGGUGGCCGAAUGAGUGAGAUCUCCGAGUUCGCUAAACCAUUCCCGCAUCGAGCUGGGAACAUCGCAUUGAUUCAAUACCGAUUCGAUUGGAGUGAAGAUGGGGUUGAAGCAGCAAACCGCUACGUAAACCUGGCUAGGGUUUUGCAUGAAUACAUGACUCCAUUUGUGUCAACGUUUCCCAGAGAAGCUUUCUUGAAUUACAGGGAUUUGGACAUUGGUGUAACUGACAAUGGGAAGAACAGUUAUCUGGAAGGAAGUGUUUAUGGGAUCAAGUACUUCAAAGAGACCAAUUUCAGAAGGUUGGUGAAGGUGAAGACCAUGGUGGAUCCUGAUAACUUCUUCAGAAAUGAGCAAGGUAUCCCAACUUUGCCUUCUUUGAGGAAGUGA